AUGAAGAAAUUUGUGGAAGUCACACAGGAGGAAGAUCUUUAUCUUACCGAGCCAUUACUCAGGGAUACUAGUGGCCGGGAAUGCAAAAGGAAGCACCGGAGUCCUUUCCCUAAGGCAGUAGGAAACAAAAAGUAUCUGUUGGUCGGCACAGACUAUUUCACCAAAUGGGUCGAAACUGAACCUUUGGCUAAUAUCAGAGAUGUGGAUGUCAAGAGGUUUAUUUGGAAUAACAUCAUUACUCGAUUUGGGGUCCCCUAUACUCUCAUCUCGGAUAAUGGCCCUCAGUUUGAUAGCAAAGCUUUCAGGAGGUACUGUUGUGAUCUGGAAAUAAAGAAUAGAUAUUCCACUCCGGCCUAUCCACAAGAGAAUGGGCAAGUCGAAACUAUCAAUAAGGUUAUAGUGAAUGGACUUAAAAAAGAGGUUGGUCGAUGCAAAGAGAAGAUGGGUGGAAGAGUUGCCACAUGUCCUAUGGGGCCGAGGCUGUAA